CCCUCUUCCCUGCCCAUCCCUCCUUCCCUGCCCAUCCCUCUUCCCUGCCCAUCCUCUCCCAUCGCUCCCCGCUGCCCCGGGCCCAGCCGCAGCAUCGCGGGAGCCGCGGCCAUUGCGGCCGAGGCGGGGCCGCUCCCGGGGCCGCUCCCGCUCUGCCCCGGCCAUGAGGAGGAGGAGGAGGGCGGCGGCUCCGCGCUGAGCCCCCGCGGGCCGAGCAGAGCCCCCGCCAGAGGCUGGCACCCCCCGGACACUGCCGAGAGCCCCUGGGUGCUGCCGAGAGCCCCUGGGUGCUGCCGAGAGCCUCUGGGUGCUGCCAAGAGCCCCUGGGUGCUGCCGAGAGCCCCUGGGUGCUGCCGAGAGCCCCUGGGUGCUGCCAAGAGCCUCUGGGUGCUGCCGAGAGCCCCUGGGUGCUUCUGAGCAUCCACAGGACUGGCGGGGCUGGACCCCCGGACACUGCUGAGCCCCCGGACUGACGGGGCUGAGCCCCCCUGGACCUUGCUGAGCCCCCGGGCUGGAGCUGCUAAACAUCGCCGGACACUGCAGGGAUCCCCCGGACGCUGCUGAACCCCGGGACUGACGGGGCUGGAUCCCUCAGAACAGUGCUGAGACCCCCCCGGACUGACGGGCUGAGCCCCCCAGGAUCGUGCUGACCCUCGGACUGAGGGGGCUGAGCCCCCCGGACACUGCUGAGCCCCCCAGGAUCGUGCUGACCCUCGGACUGAGGGGGCUGAGCCCCCCAGGAUCGUGCUGACCCCUCGGACCGACGGCGCUGAGCACACCCCGGACACUGCUGAGCCCCCCGGGCCGGUUCUGAGCUGGGGGCUCCGCCGCAGGCACUUGGAGAAUUAUCCAGUGGCUCAGUGCUGAGGGAAUGCUGUGGGAGCAUGGCUGGAGCAGGACACGGGCUCUGGGCACGGAAUGCAGGCAGUGAUGUGGGCUGCUCCUCCCUGCCUGCCCGCCGGGUCCGCGCCGUGGGACCGUGACCCCGCCGUGCUCCCCUGGCUGCUGGGGCUCCGGAGCAGGCGCCGGGAGCCAUGAGGAGGUUGGGCUACUGCCGGGUGGUGCUGGCCACCUCGCUGCUCUGGGUGCUGCUGGACGUGUUCCUGCUGCUCUACUUCAGCGAGUGCAACAAGUGCGAGGACAGCAAGGAGCGCUCGCUGCUGCCCGCGCUGCGCGCCGUUAUUUCCCGGAACCAGGAGGGCCCGGGGGAGAUGGGCAGGGCCGUGCUGAUCCCCAAGGAGGAGCAGGAGAAGAUGAAGGAGCUGUUCAAGAUCAACCAGUUCAACCUCCUGGCCAGCGACCGCAUCGCGCUCAACCGCAGCCUGCCCGACGUGCGCCUGGACGGGUGCAAGAGCAAGGUGUACCCGGAGGAGCUGCCCAACACCAGCGUGGUGAUCGUGUUCCACAACGAGGCGUGGAGCACGCUGCUCAGGACCAUCCACAGCGUGCUGGAGCGCUCCCCGCCGCGCCUGCUGGCCGAGAUCGUGCUGGUGGAUGAUGCCAGCGAGAGAGAGUUUUUGAAGGCCUCCCUGGAGAAUUACGUGAGGAAGCUGGAGGUGCCCAUCAGGAUCCUGCGGAUGGAGCAGAGGUCGGGGCUGAUCCGGGCUCGGCUCCGAGGGGCAGCAGCUGCCAAGGGCCAGGUGAUCACCUUCCUGGAUGCCCACUGCGAGUGCACCCUGGGCUGGCUGGAGCCGCUGCUGGCCAGGAUCAAGGAGGACAGGAAAACCGUGGUGUGUCCCAUCAUCGACGUCAUCAGCGACGACACCUUCGAGUACAUGGCGGGCUCGGACAUGACCUACGGCGGCUUCAACUGGAAGCUGAACUUCCGCUGGUAUCCCGUGCCCCAGAGGGAGAUGGACCGCAGGAGAGGGGACAGGACCCUGCCCGUCAGGACCCCAACUAUGGCUGGUGGCCUGUUUUCUAUUGACAGGAACUACUUUGAAGAGAUAGGAACUUACGAUGCAGGAAUGGAUAUCUGGGGUGGCGAGAAUCUUGAAAUGUCCUUUAGGAUCUGGCAGUGUGGGGGCUCCCUGGAGAUCGUCACCUGCUCCCACGUGGGACACGUGUUCCGCAAGGCCACCCCCUACACCUUCCCGGGGGGCACCGGCCACGUCAUCAACAAGAACAACCGCAGGCUGGCCGAGGUCUGGAUGGACGAGUUCAAGGACUUCUUCUACAUCAUCUCCCCUGGCGUGGUGAAGGUGGAUUAUGGAGAUGUCUCUGUCAGGAAAGCCCUGCGGGAGAGGCUGGGCUGCAAACCCUUCUCCUGGUACCUGGAGAACGUCUACCCCGACUCGCAGAUCCCGCGGCGUUACUACUCCCUGGGAGAGAUCAGGAAUGUUGAAACCAACCAGUGCUUGGACAACAUGGGCCGCAAGGAGAACGAAAAAGUGGGAUUUUUCAACUGCCAUGGCAUGGGAGGGAACCAGGUGUUCUCCUACACGGCGGACAAGGAGAUCCGCACGGACGACCUGUGCCUGGACGUGUCGCGGCUCAACGGCCCCGUCCUCAUGCUCAAGUGCCACCACCUGAGGGGCAACCAGCUCUGGGAGUACGAUGCCGAGAAGCUCACCCUGAGGCACCUGAACAGCAACCAGUGCCUGGCGGAGCCGUCGGACGAGGACCGGCUGGUGCCCACCGUGCGCGAGUGCGGCAGCGGCCGCUCCCAGCAGUGGCUGCUGCGCAACACGACCCUGGCGGCCUGAUCCCAGAGCCCAUCCCGCUGCUUCCCGCUCCUCCUGCUGCGCCCAGCAGCGCCCAGCCCGCUCCCGGCCCCAGCGGAGUCACCGCGGGAUUCCUGGUGCCGCCGUGCCCUUGGACUCCUCCGGGCCUCCGGGUGAUCCCAGACCUGCUGGGGCCGACGCCUGCGGGCUCCAGAUUCCAGAGGCAGCAGCUGGCCUUGGAGGAGUUGGGAUGUGGAGGUGUUCCUGUCACUCCUGAGGUUCCAGAGGCAGCAGCUGGCCUUGGAGGAGUUGGGAUGUGGAGGUGUUCCUGUCCCUCCUGAGAUUCCAGAGGCAUUGGCUGACCUUGGAGAAGCUGGGAUAUGGAGGUGUUCCUGUCACUCCUGAGGUUCCAGAGGCAGCAGCUGACCUUGGAGAGGUUGGGAUGUGGAGGUGCUGCUGUCACUCUGAGAUUCCAGAGGCAGCAGCUGGCCUUGGAGAGGUUGGGAUAUGGAGGCGUCGCUGUCACACAUCUCCACAGAGAGGUGGCCCUGUGGCAGCCGUUGGCACUGGGAGCCAUCCUGGGAGGUGUGGCCCGAGCCGAGGGGCGCUCCUGGAGAAGCUGGAGGAGAUCCUGGAGCAUAUCCUGAGGAACCUUGGGUGUUCUCUCGUGCCCGGGGGGAUUUGACAGCACCAAAGCUUCCUGGGUUGUGGUGGGAAAAACCAGGAUCCGGUGCUGGGGAAACCAGGCCAAGAGUGCACUUCACCUGGAGUUCCAACGGAUGAGGCCGCAGGAGACACGGGAAUGCCGAGGGGAAGGAGUGACACUCGUGGGACCUCGGAGCGGCACGGAGGGAGCUGUCCCCUCCUCCCAUGGGAAUGGAGCUGGGGCCGGACCUGGGGCUCAGGGGAGCCCUGGAAGGACCAAACCUGAGACCCCUGGAGCUUGGAGGGUGUCCAUCCCUCCAUCCCAACACAUCCAUGAAUCCCUGCACCCCAGCUCUGUCCCUGGACCCACUCCCAGCUCUGCCUCCAGGCGUUCCCUGGGAUCACAGAGGCAUUCCUUGGGAUCUCAGAGGCAUUCCCUGGGAUCACAGAGGCGUUCCUUGGGAUCUCAGAGGCAUUCCCUGGAAUCACAGAGGCGUUCUUGGGAUCACAGAGGCAUUCCUUGGGAUCUCAGAGGCGUUCCCUGGGAUCACAGAGGCAUUCCCUGGAAUCACAGAGGCGUUCUUGGGAUCACAGAGGCGUUCCUUGGGAUCUCAGAGGCAUUCCCUGGGAUCACAGAGGCAUUCUUUGGGAUCUCAGAGGCGUUCCCUGGGAUCACAGAGGCGUUCCUGGGAUCACAGAGGUGUUCCCUGGGAUCACAGAGGUGUUCUCUGGGAUCACAGAGGCAUCCCCUGGGAUCACAGAGGUGUUCCCUGGGAUCACAGAGGCUCCUUUCUGGUUCCAGGAAUUUGGGGGCUCAAUCUUUCUGUGGGUGUGGCUGUUCCCAAAGCUCUGCUGGCCCUCGGGAGCUGCUCCCCGCUGGGAUGUGGGGACAGGGACAUUGGAAUGUGCUGGGGACCUUCCUUUGGGAGCCACCCCAAAUGCAGCUGUGGCCCUCUGGGCUGGGAUUUUGGGAAUUCUCACUGCCCAGAGGGUUCAGGAGACUGAAAUCCCAGGGCAGCGGGAUCCCAGCACGGGUGAGUGGGGAAAUAUUUCCCAGGAUUUCCCUCACAAUUCCCAGAAAUCUCUGUAAAUGCACUGGGUCAUUAAAAAUGCUGGUAUUUUCUGUA